AUGAGAGUAUCACGUUCCAUUAGCAAAUCUUGCCUUGAAGUUGACAAGACUGGCAAUGUGACUUCAUAUUCUAACGAAGACAACAACCCAGGUGUAAUUGCCCCCAAAGCCUUUCGUAUCUCAAGUAGGCGCAACAAGUUCACCACCGUCGGUUGCAACUUAUUCGGGCUUAUUCAGACUGUGGAUCAAACUAUUAGCAGCAGCCCAGGCUCAAAGAAAUACUCAUCGGAGACAUCGGCGCUGCGUGGAUAUAUUGAUGCUUGUGUUUCAACGUGUACCCUAAGAAUCGAAAACGUGAAAAAUGGAACUUGUCAUCCGCAUGGUGGCUGUUGCCAAACACCUAUUGCAAUCGGCGAUAUAAAUCAUUAUACCACAAGUUUAGACACCAUAUCAGAAGAUUUCCGAUCAGUAAAAUUAUGUGGUUAUGCUUUUGUCACAGAAGAAGAGGAGUUCAAGUUUUCCUCUUUAGAUCUAAUCAAAAGCCUAGAUAACAGAAAAGCGGCCCCUUUGGUUCUCGAUUGGGCUGUUCGGAAUCACCUCAAUUGUGCAGAAGCUCGGAGUCGUAAGGAUUAUGCAUGCAAGGCAAAGUACAGCGACUGUCUCAAUUCAACAAAUGGACCUGGCUAUAUUUGCAAAUGCCGCAAAGGUUACCAAGGCAAUCCUUACCUCCUCCAUGGAUGCCAAGAUAUCAACGAGUGUGCGAGCGAGAAGUUAAAUCCUUGCUCAAGCUCGGCCACAUGCAUCAACAACCCUGGAGGUGUCACCUGCACUUGCUCGGAAGGAUACAUAGGAGACGGAAAGGAAGCCGGAACUGGUUGCACCCAUCAAUUCAGUCGGCAACUAAAACUUCUUGUUAUUGCAUUUGGUAUUUGCAUGGGCAUUUUGGUGCUAGUGACAGUAGGUUUUUGGAUUUAUUUAGUUGAAAAGAGGAGAAGACUCAUCAAACUCAAACGCAUGUUCUUUGAACAAAACGGUGGAAUUUUGUUACAACAACACCUCAACUUGUCCCGUCAUAAACCAUCCAUUGAGAUAAUGAAAAUAUUUAGUUCAGACGAGCUCAUAAAGGCUACCAACAAUUAUGACAAGAGUAACAUUCUUGGCCAAGGAGGCAAUGGAACAGUUUACAAGGGAGUCCUACGAGGCAACAAAAUUGUAGCCAUUAAAAGGUCCAAGGCUUGUGACCGAAGCCAAAUUGGAGAAUUCAUCAACGAGGGAAUUGUGCUUUCCCAAGUCAAUCACCGCAAUGUGGUUAAACUAUUGGGUUGUUGUUUGGAGACAGAAGUUCCGGUGCUUGUUUAUGAAUUCAUCACAAAUGGAACUCUUGCAAGCCACCUUCAUCCUAAUCAAAGUCAGCCGUUGUCAAUUACAUUGUCAUGGCAAAUGCGUCUCAAAAUCGCAGCUGAAAUUGCUGGAGCGCUUGCAUACUUGCACUGUGAAACUUGCAUGCCAAUUAUACAUAGAGAUGUGAAGACUUCUAAUGUACUGUUAGAUGAUAAUUUCACAGCGAAGGUCGCCGAUUUUGGAGCUUCAAGGCUUGUUCCUCUUGGUCAAACUCAAUUGACCACUUUAUUGCAAGGAACAAUUGGAUAUUUAGAUCCAGAAUACUUGUAUAAUAGCCAGUUGACAGAUAAAAGUGAUGUUUUUAGUUUUGGAGUUAUUCUAGCGGAGCUACUAACAGGAAAGACGCCAUUAAUAUUCGAAGAGGGUCGAAAAGCAACGGUCAACUUGGCAGUGUACUUUGUUUCUUGUGUGGAAGAGGAAAGCUUGCAUGAAAUUCUCGACGAUCAAGUGGCCAUGGAUGAUCAAGUCUUUGAGGUGCUAAAGCAAGUGGCUAGCGUUGCGGUGAUGUGUUUAAGGACAAAAAGGGAGGAAAGACCUGCUAUGAAGGAAGUUGCAGCAGAGCUAGAAAUAUUGUCAAAAAUGUGA